GACAGGUAUGUUCAGUUUGGGCGCGAUUUGACAGUAGUGGUUAGAUGAGCUUCGGGCUCCGUCGAAAUGUGUGGAAAACGGAAGAAGUAGAUAAGUUUUUGUCUAAGCGUCAUAAUCACGGGAGAUCCACGAGUUUUCGUCAGAAUAUAAAUGAAAGAAGUUGAAUUAUGACAAGAAGAUAUCCUAGCGUGUGACAAGUGACGUUAGAAUGCAAGUCUCUUCGGCCAAUUCCGCGUGAACUGCUGUGCCCCAAGUUUUGUUUGUAUCUCGUCGGGCGGUUAGUCUGUUUCAAGCCGUGUUAUAUUACUCGCCUAAUUGGCAUUGUGGUGUCUUUUAUAAUUUUGUGCCCGUCCCACUGUUCUAUAAAAUAAUCCAUGUGCCUCUCGGUUUGAGUCGUGAUCCUUUAGAGGAAAGUUCGAGAGAUUGUUUGCGGCGAGAAACUUCACCGCUGCAGGGAUUCUCAAUUGAAGCGCCUGGUAACCUGUUUUCCAAUUAGUCCGUCCACCGGCAACAGCCGAAAGUGGAUAGUGGGAUCCGCUAGUUUCCGCGAUGCACUUGAAUUGGACGUCCUUCAAAUUGCCCCCAAGUGAAAGCAAUCGUGCCUGCAUACGGUCGUGCGGUCUUUGAAGCUCGCGCCUCGUCCGUAUAUUAUUUCGGCCUGUCCAAAGUGCAGGCUCGACGUACACAAAAAUUCAUUAUCCGAUCAUUUCGGCUUCGCAUUUAUGAGUCUGCCAGGCCUCCGCUACUGCAAGCGCUUCGACCAGAAGCAGGUUAAGGAUACUCACGAGAAAACUUCGGAACUACAUGAUUGAUGAGUGGCAGUGGAAGUAAACAACGAAAUAUUGCAUCAAACUUCCAGGAGUCCAGCUUGCAAGGAGCCCAGCUGGUAUAGCAGGCAAACAUUGUAACGUUGCUAAGUCGAUAGGGGAAUGUCACCAAUGAUCUACACCCUCUACGGCUUUGCGAUAUUUUUCUUCGUAUUCUGGUGCGGUAAAUGGCUCAUUCAUUUGCUGGCUAUCAGCUACGGGAAGUAUAAAUUGCAUAAGAAAGUUUGCAAUGCACCACGUGAAACGCCUCUCCCUGGCGUUUCGAUAAUGAAGCCGUUGAUGGGUACAGAUCCGAAUCUUGCUCCUAACUUAGAAACGUUUUUCACUAUGAACUAUCCUGAGUAUGAGUUGUUGUUUUGUGUGGAAGAUCCCGGCGACCCCGCUGUCGACGUUGUGCAGAAUUUAUUGAACAAAUAUCCAUAUAUCGACGCCCGCUUAUUCCUGGGUGGCUCAAAUGUAGGCGUCAAUCCCAAAAUUAAUAACAUGUAUCCAGGUUAUCAAGCUGCUAAGUAUGGCUUUAUAAUGAUAUCGGACAGUGGCAUUCGAAUGAAAGACGAUACCUUGUUGGAUAUGGUGAACCAUAUGAGCGAUAAAGUCGCCCUUGUUCAUCAGAUGCCAUUCACAUGUGAUAGAGACGGUUUUGCCGCCACUUUUGAAAAGAUAUUUUUCGGAACAGUCCAGUCUCGUAUUUAUUUAAGCGCAGAUUUCCUUGGAAUCAACUGCCAUACCGGCAUGUCUUGUCUACUACGAAAAAGCGUGCUAGACGAACUGGGCGGAAUAAGCGCGUUCGGCUGCUAUUUAGCUGAAGACUUCUUUAUCGCCAAAGCACUUACCGAUCGUGGAUGGAAAAUGCGGAUAAGUAGCCAGCCGGCAUUACAAAAUUCAGGCUUUUGCGAUAUUGGCUCGUUUCAAGGCCGCUUGACACGAUGGGCUAAACUACGUGUAGCCAUGGUGCCGACAACGAUUCUGCUAGAACCGUUAGCAGAAUGUAUGAUCGUUGGGGCAUUCGCAUCGUGGUCCGUUUCGUUUUUAUUUGGAUGGGAUUCUCUUGUGUUCUAUUUAAUACAUAUUCUUAUGUGGUUCCUAUCAGACUGGAUACUUUUGUCAAUAGUUCAAAACGGCUCUUUGCCAUUUAAUAAAUUCGAAUUUGUUGUCGGUUGGCUGUUUCGUGAAAUUAGUGGACCAUAUCUAUUUUUACAUGCAUUAUGGAAUCCUGCAAUACGGUGGCGUACACGUGUUUAUAAGCUGGAAUGGGGUGGUGUCGCGUACGAGCUAUCAGCAGGCGUGAAGACGUCACCAACCACAUCCCUGCCGCCGGCUGCAUCGUUGUGCAAAGAGAAGUCAUAGCCAAAAAUUAAAUUUAUAAUUUAAGGAACCCUAGGACAGCUAAGACGUGUGUAGAGUAUACUUUGCUAGUUUUGUAAGUGAAAUCAUUUCUAAGAGAAGAAACAAAACGACAAGCUUGUGUAAUAUAUAAACAUUAAUGUAGUUGUAGAGACCCAGGAUUUAAUUUAAUUUUUCCAUUAUCCGACGGCCAGGCGUUUUGUUUCGCGUGAGAAUUUUGCAGUAUGGAAUUCGCCCCCCUUUUCAUUUUCAAUAAAAUCGUCAUUCCUCGGAUUCUCUUUUGCAUGAAUAAAGAAAGAUUAGUUAGAAUACAUUUGCUGACGGACUUGUCCGUAAAGAAACGUCUUAAUGUAGUUCAUAAAUUAUACCCUAAUGUUGAGUGUAUAGAAAUAAUUUUUUCGGGCGCACAUGUUUAGUGGUUAGAUCAACGCAUUCCUUAUUGAGCUCAUUAGAACGAACGAGUUAUCUAAUAUUAUUUUUAGUCGCCAUGAUGGAUAUGCUAGUGGUUACUUAUUUUUUGCCGCGGAAAAAUUUCGAUUAAAAGCUUCGAAAUAGAGUCCGGUGCGAUAUAGCGUACAAUUUUAUAUUUUUAUAAAUGUGUAUAUUAUUUUCCUCCAUUCUUUUACCUCUAACAACAAAGCGGUGGCUUUACAGGCUGUAAAUCUUGGAAAAGAAAUUUAUAUUUACUGUAAAAUUCCGUGAGCUUGAGUUGUCAAUGUAAUCAAAAUGGGUAAACAUUACCGAAAUUUGUAAUAACAUGGAAAACAAGAAUUUGACAGAAAACAA